AUGGUGCAGCCAACGGCGCUGAUCUCGCAUUUCCUUUCGCAGACGGAGCUGUAUGGCAUAAAAUGGCGUAAGCUCGUGUGGGAGCGGGAGUCGGGCGCGGGCGGCGGGGGGGUCGAGGGCGAGGAGGGCGCCGCGCCGCUGGCCGACCCCGUCAUCAGCAGCUACGCGCGCUGCCUCGCCGGCGACAUACUGUGCGUGUGGCGGCGCGUGCCCGCACAGCAGACGGACAUCUACGACAUGCCCGCCCCGCCGCCCCUCUCGCUGCGCGCCGCCAAGGAGCUCUGGAUCUUCUGGUACGGCGAGGAGCCCGACCUGAGCGGUCUCGUCGCGCCCGAGCUCAUCGCCAGCCGUGAG